AUGGUGAGUUUCCCGGUGUGUGUCACCUCAACUCGCGGCCUACGGUGCGCCUUUCGCGGAGGAACGGUUAUGCGGAUGCCGCAUCACACCCCGGAUCCUCGCGUCCUCCGGCCGCAUGUAUUAAAAAAUUGCCAGCCAGCUCUCAGCGGUGAAGCAUGCCCUGUUGACACCGAACUGUGGAAAAGAAAGAGGAGGAUGGGAGCCUCUUUACUCGCUCUGGGACUGCAGAAAGUACCUGCUGGACCGGCGACGUCAUAUACCGUCGGUCUCAGCGUUAGAGACAUCGUGUCACCCUCAGGGGAGGCGAAGGAGACGCAUUUUGGCAUCUUUCCUACCCAUUCUGGAAUGUGCAAACUUACUGGUAACAGUCGAAGCUUCUCAACUGAGCCUAUCUCCCACAUGCAGGAGAAGCCGGCUACCCUGCGGUUACGGGGUCUUUCCUACCGGGCUACAACCGACGAUAUUGCACAGUUUUUUGAGGGCUACAGCCUUGCUGGGCCGCCAGAGGAAGCCAUCCAGCUCCACCGACGCAUGGACGGCAGACCCACCGGCUGGGCCUCAGUGUACUUUGAGACGGAGCAGGAAGCUAGACGGGCGAAGCAGGACAAACACAGGUCGUAUCUCCAUGGCCGGUACAUUGAAAUUUUUAUCAAUUUUGAAACAGGCGAGCUCGAGUGGAUACAUCAGCCCACACUAAGCGAGAACGUCAACAGGAAGCACCACGGCAAAGAUAAUCGGUGA